AUGUCAGACACAGACUCAGACGUCGGCGACGCAGACAGCAUAAUCAGCACCUCCGUGCUGCUGGGCUACGCCGAAGAGCAGCCAACAGAAGACCCAAUCUCGCAGCUCGGCGGCACACCUAAAUGGAUGCACCCCUCCUCCCCCGCCGACUCCCGCCUCGCCAAAUGCUCAAACUGCAACAAGCUCAUGUCCCUGCUCCUGCAGCUCAACGGCGACAUCCCCGAAACGCCGCACGAGCGCGUCUUCUACGUCUGGGCCUGCCGCCACAAGCCCUGCUGGCGCAAGAAAGGCUCCAUCCGCGCCUUCCGCGGCGUCCGUGUCGUAAAUACGCCCGCGCCCGCCGAGGCCGACAACAAGAAGAAGACCGACGCCUCGCCACUGCCGCCGCCCGCGGAAAAGAAGAAAGAGCCCGUCAACACCGGCGCCUUCCUGUUCGGGACUGGACCGUUCGCGCAGGGGGGCGUUAACCCGUUCGCUUCCCCGUCUUCAUCCUCCUCCACUCCCACAGCAAACCCCUUCUCCACCACCACUACAGCAAACCCAUUCUCCACCAACACCACCACCGCCACCAGCCCCCCACCCGCGGCCCCAGCCCCCAAGUCCGAACCACUCAAGACCUUCGCCUCCGCCCUCUCCCACAACCUCCCCGCCGCCGCCGCCGCCGCCGCCCCCCAACCCACGCCGCAAUUCUACGGGCCCCCCGAACCCUGGCCCGAGCCCCUGCCGCACACAUACCCCUCCUACCACCUCGACGCCGAGCACGAGCACCUCGACACCCGCGCGCCGGCCCUCCCGAAGAACGUCCAGAUCGUCGACACGGACGAGUACGCUGACACGCCCAUGAGCAAUAGCGCGGAGGGCGGCGAGAGCAGCGUCGAUAAGACGUUCCGGAAGUUUGCGGACCGCGUUGAGCAGAAUCCUGAACAAGUGCUACGGUAUGAGCGGAAGGGCACGCCCCUCCUAUACUCCAAGGACGACGAGACGGGUAAGCUCUUGCUGGCGGCCGACGGCGAGGUCAGUGUGAAGCGGGUGCCGCCGUGCGGCGCGUGCCGCAAGCAGCGCGUGUUUGAGUUCCAGAUGAUGCCGUAUGCGAUCAGUAUGUUGGAGCGCGAUGAGGCGGGGCUGGACGGGAUGGAGUGGGGGACGGUCGUUGUGGCGACGUGUGUGUGUGUGCCUGCGGUGCUGGAUGCGCAGGGGGUGGGGUAUGUGGAGGAGUGGGUGGGCGCGCAGUGGGAGUCGACUAAGUAG